CGUUCUCCAUUAGACAUUAGAGCACCAGUGUUAGUCUAAAACUUUCUCUUCGAACUCACAUUUCGUUGACUUUUAUUUAAAUCAAAUAAUACCAACAGUAAAAUGGCUGAAAAGAAAAAUCUUCUUUUGUUGUUCGACCGCCCAGCGGAACCGAUUUUCAUGGAAAAAGGUGACCGUGCUACCAUCUUUGAUGUUCCCGACAAGUUUCUCACUGAUCGCUAUCGACCAAUUGGAGGUGAAAUUCAGUCACGGUUCGGUGAGAAAGCUGAGCAAAGAAUUCCCGUCAAGGACAUAAGCAUUCCUGACCUCAAGAUCCCAAUGUCACUUGGUCGUCGUGAACAGUUCUCGUUGUUCAUUCCACGUCACCGUCGUAUUGCCGGUCGCUUGAUUGACAUCUUUUUGGGAUUGAGAAGCAUCGAUGAUUUGCAGAGUGUUGCCGCAUACGCCAGGGAUCGUGUGAAUGCUUUCCUCUUCAACUAUGCCCUGUCAGUGGCUCUGCUCCAUCGGCCCGAUACAAAAGGUCUCGAUUUACCCUCGUUCAUAGAAACUUUCCCCGAUAAGUAUGUCGACUCGAAAGUGUUCACAGAACUACGUGAGGAAGCCACGGUAGUGCCUACUGGAUCCCGUAUGCCAAUCGUCAUUCCAAGGGACUACACUGCAUCCGAUUUAGAUGAAGAGCAUCGUUUGUGGUACUUCCGUGAGGACAUGGGUGUCAACCUUCACCAUUGGCAUUGGCAUUUGGUUUACCCAUUCGAAGCUUCUGAUCGCUCAAUCGUCGCCAAGGAUCGUCGUGGUGAGCUUUUCUACUUCAUGCACCAGCAGAUCGUCGCCCGAUACAAUAUGGAACGGUUCAGCAACAAUAUGUCUCGUGUGAAGCGCCUCAACAACUUACGUGAUCCAAUUCCUGAAGGAUACUUCCCCAAGAUGGACUCACUCGUUGCCAGUCGUGCAUGGCCUCCUCGUUUUGCCAACUCUCAAAUGCAAGAUCUUGACCGUGAAUUGGAUCAAAUCAAAUUGGAUGUUGCUGACUUGGAGCGUUGGAGGGAUAGGUUCUAUGAAGCUAUUCACCAAGGAUUCGUUGUUGAUGAAUCCGGUAACCGUAUGACACUCGAUGAAAACACUGGAAUUGAUAUUCUUGGCAACAUGAUGGAAUCAUCAAUCCUUUCACCAAAUCGUCAGCUCUAUGGUGAUCUCCACAACAUGGGUCAUGUCUUCAUCUCUUACAUCCACGAUCCUGACCAUCGUUACCUGGAGUCAUUUGGAGUAAUUGGUGAUUCGGCUACUGCUAUGCGUGAUCCUGCCUUCUACAAGUGGCAUGCAUUCGUCGAUGAUAUCUUCCAAGAGCACAAAGAGUCUCUCACCCCGUACAACCAGAAUCAGUUGAACUACAGAGAUAUCACAAUUACCGGAGUUCAGGUCGACAAUGAAGGCGGUGGCACUAACAGCCUCCAAACUUUCUGGCAACAAUCUGACAUCGACUUCUCCCGUGGUCUUGACUUCGUACCCAGAGGCAAUGUUUUCGCUAGAGUCACACAUUUGCAACACCAAGCCUUCACCUACACCAUCAACAUUGACAACGCCGGUGGAGCCCAACGUUUCGGAACAGUUCGUAUAUUCCUGGGACCAAAGACCGAUGAACGUGGUCAGCCUAUGCUCCUGAGGGAUCAACGUCACAUGAUGGUUGAGUUGGAUAAGUUUGUUGUAGCACUUCAACCUGGUCAGAACACCAUCCGCCGCCGAUCAACUGAAUCGAGUGUAACCAUUCCAUUCGAGAGGACUUUCCGUAACUUGGAUGCUAACCGCCCAGCUGCUGGAGCACCCGAAGAGCUUGAAUUCAACUUCUGCGGAUGCGGAUGGCCACAACACAUGCUCAUUCCUAAAGGUCUGCCACAAGGCCUUCGCUGUGAAUUGUUCGUCAUGGUUUCAAACUUCGAAGACGAUAGGAUUGACCAAGACUUGGUUGGCACCUGCAGUGACGCUUCAACCUUCUGUGGAGUUCGUGAUCGCUUGUAUCCCGAUCGCCGUCCUAUGGGCUUCCCAUUCGAUCGUCUGCCCCCAACUGGAGCUGACAUGUUGGCUGGUCUUCUGACUCCCAACAUGCAAGUCAUCGAUCUUAACAUUGUACACAACGACCGCACCACAGUCCGCAUGCAAAAUUAAGUCCCACAAAAGGGCAUUUUUCCAAACUAUGAAAGUUGAAAAUUGGAAUUGAUUUAAAUGAUAAAUAAAAUGCAUACCUUAAAAAAGA